AUGAUUCCUCUCUCUAAUCCCCUAGACACACGCUCGGUCUUGCUGCCUACUGGCUCAGAGAGAGACCGAGGCAGGUGGAGGCAAACCGGGCGAGAGAGAGAGACUAAGUGGGAAGGAAAAAACAAGAUGAAGGGAAGAGAAGAAGAAAGGAGAGCUGCCUCUUGGUAACGCUGAGAGGCACAGAGAGAACGAGAGGGAGAGGGAGAGGGAGGCUGUGAGGACGAGGAGGAAAGCCAGCGACUCUUGCGUGGUUUUGAACAGAGGGGAGGAGAUGGUGGAGGAGGAGGAAGUGUGAUGCUUCUCUCCAGUGCUGUCUGAACCCAACCAGGAGGGAAGGAGAGGAGCAACAGAGAGGAGGAGGAGGAGGAGGAAUCCCUUUGGAAAAAAUAAUCUGGGAGAGAGGACAGAGAAAGAGGGGUUGGAGAGGAAGGAACGAAGAGGAUGGAGGAGUGGAGGUCGAGCAGAGAUCCCUGGUUGCUCAGGCUCACGUGAGUGCACGGACCUGCGCCUGGCCACGGCUCCUACGACAUGCUGUCAAGGAACCAGCGUGAGGGCAGAGUGUUUCUGCGCGAGCGAUGGACGUCUGCACAAGCUACGCGGCUGCAUCCUUGAAGCUCAGUGGUAGAUAGUAGUGUGUGUGUGUGUGUGUGUGUGUCACACCACAUGACCAACCAGCUGUUCAGGAGGUAAACGGGGUCAUGUGCACCUAGAGGAGGCAAACGAGGAGGAAAGUGUAAAGAGGACUCGUGGAGAGCAGGUGCAUGGACGGAGGAGAGUUACCUCACACGCGGACACGCCAGCGUACGUGUGUGUGAGCAACUGGCACAUCAAAGCUUCAGUCCAACCAUCUCAGGUGCAGUUCAGGUUGAGAGUGCGCGCGUGUGUGUGUGUGUUUGGACGGCCAUGAAAGGAUGAGCAAAGGGAGCUCACAAUGAGGCGUUACUGAACUUUUUUUUUUUGAGGUCCCUAUUUUAUAACUUUUUUUUUAUGCCAAACUCGUCCCCGUCCCGUCCCCGAAACCACUCCCUACCUCAUCUUUGCUCAACAAGUGGAGUUGAAGAAGAAGAAGAAGAAUAAAAAAAAGAGAGGAGGGACGUUGAAAGCAUCACCGGUGUUCCAGCUGACCGCGAAGCCCCGUCAGAAGUAGGGCUCAGCCCCGAUUCUUGUCCCGUGCCCAGUGGAUGCCUCCUAACUCCAACCAUGGGAGAGUGGACCAUCCUGGAGCGCCUCCUGGAGGCCGCCGUGCAGCAGCACUCUACUAUGAUCGGAAGGAUCCUGCUGACAGUGGUGGUGAUCUUCCGUAUCCUGAUUGUGGCCAUCGUUGGUGAGACCGUGUACGAGGACGAGCAGACCAUGUUCAUCUGCAACACUCUGCAGCCCGGCUGCAACCAGGCCUGCUAUGAUAAGGCCUUCCCCAUUUCCCACAUCCGCUACUGGGUCUUCCAGAUCAUACUGGUGUGUACGCCCAGCCUCUGCUUCAUCACCUACUCCGUCCAUCAGUCGGCCAAGCAGAAAGACCGGCGCUAUUCCUUUCUCUAUCCCAUAAUGGAGAGGGACUACGGGGGAAGGGACGGGGCGCGAAAGCUCCGCAACAUCAACGGAAUUCUAGUUCAGCAUGGCGGCGACGGCGGAGGAGGGAAGGAAGAGGCUGACUGCCUUGAGGUGAAGGAGAUUCCCAAUGCUCCGCGGGGCCUUACCCAUGGCAAGAGCUCGAAGGUUCGCCGGCAAGAAGGGAUCUCCCGCUUUUACAUCAUCCAGGUGGUGUUCAGAAACGCACUGGAGAUUGGCUUCUUGGCGGGCCAGUACUUCCUUUACGGCUUCAGCGUGCCUGGGAUUUUCGAGUGCGACCGCUACCCAUGUCUCAAGGAGGUCGAGUGCUACGUGUCCCGGCCCACGGAGAAAACGGUUUUCCUGGUGUUCAUGUUCGCGGUGAGCGGCAUCUGUGUGGUGCUCAACCUGGCUGAGCUCAACCAUCUGGGCUGGCGCAAGAUCAAGGCGGCCAUCAGGGGCGUCCAGGCCCGCAGGAAGUCUAUCUGCGAGAUCAGGAAGAAGGACAUGGCCCAUUUGUCCCAGCCACCCAACCUGGGACGCACACAGUCCAGCGAAUCUGCCUACGUGUGACCAUGAAGACGGGAAGAAGGAGGAGGAGAGGGAGGAAUGUGCACGAGAGAGAAUGAAUUCAUUUUGAUUUUAAUUUGAAGAUGUGGAGGUCAAACAAGAUGACCUCUUCUCUGUGAUGAGGGAGCAAAAUAGAAUGUAAGAAGACCAAACCUCAGACUCUACGACCUUGUAAGUCUAGAGAGAGUAGAAGAAGAAGAAGAAAAAUAAGCCGCAUUAAAGGGGACAAAAAGUUAUCUUCUGCAAACUGACAUGAUUUUGGUCUCACAGGGAAGUAUUCCAUUUUAUACUUUUGUCUUUUUUAACUAAUUACCUUCUCCUCUGCCCCUCGUUUCUUUUUAAUGUGAGGAAUUGAGUCCUCCUGGGCCUGGAGAGGGCAGGCUCGGAGAAGAGAAGAUGAGAGAGGAGAACUGAUGAGAGGCUGUUCAGCGGUCUUUGGGGAUAUUGGAAGACAACAGUGGUGUUUGAUGCAUCCCACGGUGCUUUGCCUCUGGACUGUGUCAGCCUCAGUGAAAAAAAGCGAGGACAGGAUGGGGGGUUGGGACGGGGAGGACGAGCGGCAACAUCGAUAAAAGAGGAACGGAAGAACUGUCAAAGCCACGACAAACUCUAAAGAACAAAGGCGAGUCAGUGAGCGAGAAGGGGCAUAAACGUAUGAAAGAGCUGCGGCAGGAGGGAGAAAGGGGAAUCUUUUUCCUUUUUCGCUUCCUCUCCUCGCCCGGAGACUCGGGGGUCGACUGAAGCCGCGACAGACAGGGCCGCCUCUGAUUAAUAUCAGCCGAACCUCUGCUGGAACGCUGUCACGAGCCAAAACCAGGAGAAAAAGACUUACGACGUUUAUGUUUUGUCUCCUGGCAAAAGAUGAUUUCAACACAAACACGAGCGAGUACCAUAAACACUCUCCUCUCCCCCAUCUCUCGCUCGCUCUGCUCCCCGGUUGGCAGCUACAGUACAUAGACCCCUGGGGCGUCGGAUGACAGUAAUGACCCUCGCUCCACUCCCGCUACGUAAACUUUGGAGAGGAACUAACGAACAAAUGAACAAACAAGGCGUAAACGUCGCGUCUCUCGCCGAAGCACAAACCAAACUUCCCUCAUUCCAGCAUUCCAGCGUGCGGAGAGACGAAGGAGCGAAAGGAACGAGAGCAGAAAGCAAACGGGAGCUUGUGCAGGAGGCGGACCAAUGACUUUAUCACAUCUUUAAACAAAUUUUAUAAAGUUUAUCACCAUGAGUCAUGAUUUGUUUUUUUGGGGGGAAAAAGCGACUGUGCCAUCCUUGAGUUGCAUAGAGAAUAACAUGGUCGUAUUAUUUAUCCAUUUAUCCAAAUAGAGUAUAUCCAAAUAGAUUUAUUUAUCUUUGCAGGUGGGUUGGUUGGGACAUGAUGUUGCUGUUUGUUUGUUUUUCACAUGUAAAAAUUGUCUGUCUUUUUUCUUUUCUUUCAUUUUUCUUCAGUUUAAAGGAUUUUUCACCGAUGGAUCUGAUUAAUGACAUGUGCAUGGUGGCAAGGGACAAGUGCUACGCUUUGAUUUUGCAGCGUUUUGAGUCUGUGCAGCUGAUUUUUUUUUUUUUUUUCCGUCGCAACAAUCUUGGAAACCUUCAUUGCACUUGUUCAUUCAGAAUGCCGAGCAUCGCAAGCUGAGUGUUUGCUACAAAGAGCCUUGGUUUUCUUCAAAAAAAAAUAUCAGCUGCGUGGCUUCUGGCAGUCGAGGCCUGUGAGCCAUUUGAAAAAGGCAUGUUUACACGACGCGAUGUUUCUUGAUGAAGCUGUGUAACCAAUGAGUAGUGAUUCUCUAGGGACAGUUGUGUACGUGUGUGUGGGUUUCUUUUCUUCUUCUUUGUUUUCAUUUUGCAUUUCUUUCCUGACUGGAUUUCAGAAUGCAUGCCUUGUAAGAGUAAAGGAAAAGAAUGACAUGAAAGAAAUAGUAAAAGACGACGACGAUGAUGAUGAUGAUGAUGAUGAUGAUGAUGAUGAUGAUCGAGAGUGCUGCACCUUGAAUAAUGCAGACGAGUGGCAGAGUGGCUGACUGGAGGACGACACUUUGGGAUGAAGGCCGCGUUCAUGGACACAUUAAAAACUGUCGAACUAAAACUAUCAGGCGGUGAACCUGUGAAACCACACGUAGGGACGGAUGAGUGGACUGUGUGUGAAACUAACAUGGUGCUAGAAGAGGCCAGCACACAGCAGUCCGACUUUGUCCGUUUCGAGAUACGAGGCUGUUUUAGGUACAGUGACAUUAUCAAUCAUCAGCUAACUAGGGCACAUUCUUAAAGCUGGUCUGAACAAACUGUAGCAGCUCACUGCAUUUCUCUGUGUCCACUGGGAAUCUGUUUUCUACCACUGUGAAUCGAAAGGCCUUAUGAAGCUCAACGCUGCUGUAGCCAAGCACUGCCACAUCUGGGGGGGGGUUCGAUUCUCGCAGGGACCACCCGUACACUUAAGGUAAUCAUGUAUCUUAACGGCAGACGUGUAAAUGUCUGUUGAUCUACUGCUACUGAAUAUGAAGAAACCAUCCUCGUAAAGAGAUUUGUAAUUGCGUCCACUUUCCCUUAACUUGCCUUGUGUUUUUCUACUUCCCCUACAUUGCCCACAGUGCUUUGGGACAACUCCUAUAGGUCAUGACAAAAACAGUUGCAUCACUUCUAGCAGAUCUCUACCAAGGCCCAGCGGUCUUGUUUAAUUCCAUCAGGCUACACCAAAUCUCACACACUCAUAGAGCUCAGUCCCAGUUUGAAUUAUUUCCUGGGAAAUUGUUGAAGAUGUCAACAAAUGCCAAUGUUAGGAAUGUCUUGCGAUGUUGAAGGAAGUUCAAAAAAUAAAUCCAUCCUUGAUCCGCCCCUUUGUUCGGAUCCAUGCGCCAAAAUAUAAUUGGUUCUUUCUUGGCCCUUGUCCCAUCCUCCCUCCAAGUUUCCCAAACCUAACCCCUAACCCUAAUUUUUGCGUAAUUAACUUUAUUAAUAGAGGUAAUUAAGCAUUAAAUGCCAGUUCCCUGUACUUGACUAAAUAUAACAUUUUGUACUUAAAGUGUUGUGUCAGGUACCACCGUGGCGACUCUGAAGAUGCCAGUGACAUGACAAUAAGUAAUACCAUAAAUACGCGUUAGCCAGAGCUACAGCACAGUGGGUGAUUAAGCAACAGUUGAUGUAGCAGAAUAAAUCCCCACUCCAACUGUCUGUUUCCUCCAUUCACUCCCACUGACAUAAUCUCCCCGACUCUUACAGGUGAUUAUCCCCAGAUUUAGCCUCCUCCUCGGUUCUCUACGGGGCUCAGUGCGAUCGACGCAGUCUACUGUACGCGCGAGCGAGGGCGAAGUGCGCUGGCAGCACACGCCAGAAUGCCUAAUAAUAGAGGCAGAGUCUUGGCUUCCCCUCGGUCGCUGGGAGCUUGUGCUCCUAGCGAAAGGCUUAAGCGCUGACCUUGCGCUUGGAGGCCAAGCCAAUGUCCUGCGCUAGACGCAGCUCCUCCUGGACUCACUGCGCAGCUCUUCAGUGAUCCAAGCGCCACAGGCCGCGGGUCAAUGCUGGUGUGAGCACUAUUUUUAGUGCUCACACGUUUCAUUUGACGAAAAACAAAGAAAAGCCUGGAAGACGCAGGAAGAGCAGUUUGCGUUCACCGUACUCCGUUUGGAUUCUGUCGCUAUGUCUGGUUUCAUUCAAGGUCAGACACACGCACACAAACACACACAGCGGGAGGAACGUGAAGCGCGUCGUGGUUUUCUCCGGGUUCGCAUUCGUCCCGCGUUCAUUAGUGACUCGCGACUUCUGCGUCUCCACAGUCGCCACUUUUCAAAAUAACAGCCGGCCCCGGAUCUUCCAACAGUCCACCGCUCGCCACUCUCUGCUUUUUAUAUUUGUCAUUGUGAAAUGAAUUAUGCAACUUGUUGUUGUUGUUUUUUUCUCUCGUUUUUUUCAUUUGCUUAUCUUUUUUGACUUGUGGAUUCAUUUUGUUGUCUGUUGCUCUUUUUGUGCAGUGACAUAUCAAAAAAAAAGAAAGGUGUUUUUUUUCUAUGUAAAGGAACAAAAAGGUUGUUUUUUUCUCAAUAUGUAAAAUCAAGGGUAUAGAGGAUUUAAAUAUAAAACUAGCAGAAAAUAUGUUAUAUUUCCUCCCUUGCCAAAGUGAUGAUUUCGAUGAUUUUCAAAGAUUUUUUUUCUCUAAACUGCAUGUGUAAUGGCUAGAAUAAGCAUGUUUCUAUGUUUUCUUCAACAGGAUCUUUAAAGAAAGACUUUUUUAGUCCAAACUAUGGAGCAAAGCUAUUAUGUCUUGAUGCAAAGUGUGUAUAGUAAUUACCCAGUUCUUCAGACGCUACAGAGCCAGGCAGACAAUACCAACUCAGUGAUGUUAAUACUACCAUUAUAUCAGUCUCAGUUUCUACUCCCAAGAGAUUUUUUGAAAAAAAAGAAGAAAAACACUACACACUAUACAUCCUCGAGGUUAAGAAAAUUUGCACAUGAAUUUAUACCUUUAGAAUCUUUCCGUAGAAGAGGUUAUGAUCCAUUAUGAAUCAGUCAAAUGAUCUACUGUAAAUCACAGGGUACACAGGGAUAUGAGUUAAGACGGGUUGUAAGGCUCGCACCGUGAGAUGUCAGACACCAGAACAUUCCAGGGUUUAGUCCCCAGCACAAUGUCAAAUUUACAAUUUUGCAACUUUUAAGACGUGUAAAUGUGAUGAAUCCUCAGCGAUGUGAUCUUAUCGGGAAGCAGGACGCCGACAGCAGACUCAGGAAAGACAACAGUGCUGAUCUUUUACACCAAUCUUUUCUAGUAAAAAAAAAAAAAAUCCUGUUUCUACGUCAACAUGCAAGGACACUUUUAUAGAAACGGUAUUACAAACGUGUCAGCGUACUGUUCAUUUACCAUCUACUGCAAACUCCACUCGAGAAAAAAAUUGUCUUCGAGCCUGAUGAUUUGCCAGUUGGUGCUACUGAGGUCGGACUUCUUUUUUUUUUUUUUACCAAAAAAAACAUGAAUUCAGAUACAUUCCCUUGUCUCCUGCACACGGCAACGACACAAUUCACGGGACAGGUAGCUACGCAGAUCCCCUUAAAAAAAAAAUACUAAUCAAACUGUUACUCAUGACUGUUAUUAACAAAUGCACAUGUUCAAUGACGCGGUGUCGUCGUUACACUCGACAAACGUCAUAUAGCGAAAAAUCCAGUAGCAAACUGUUUGAUUCCUCAGGAAGGCAAAAAUGUAACUGAGCUGUUUCACGCAUCAACACAGAAAUAACUGAACGACUCCAUCGCUCUUUAAACUGCUGCCAGAAAGGACCUUAGAUUCAUUCAGUAAUCACGUCAUGUAGCAAAUCCCAAGGGCUGGUUGGUGGUAUGGUUUUGGAAGCGCCCCUCUUAAUACAGCACAUUCAAGGGCUUGUUGUGUAUUACAGCCUAAAAAAAAGAAGCCAUAAUUUAAAAAAAGAAAGGGACUUUAAAAGGGCCACGAUGAAUCACUCUGACGUGUAGUCGAUUAGGUGAUCAUUUUUGCAUUUAAAUUGAAAAUUAGACACCUUGUUCCCAACGAAAUGCUUUUUAACUGUGUUUAAUUGAAUGAGGAAAAUGUAAAGAUGUAAAGCUCCUCUCAUCCAGAUGUUCAGCUUCAAUUUUCAUUUUGAUUCUGAAGUGAAACGCUCCCUCCUCCCUCCCGCCACCGCCCCGCACGUCUGAUACUGGUGCUGCUGCGCUGUGGGGCUAAAUGAUGAAAAAAACUAAAACAUUUCAGGUUUCAGGAAACGACCUCUCAACCUCGCGCUAAUCCGUCAUGAUAUCAGUCUGUGAUUACAUUGUCUAAUUAUUCUGAGUGGCAGAUCCGGGCACGGUGGAAGUUAAACCCCCAUCCGUAUUCGACCAAACAGCCUCCGAGCACUGCCACCUCCUACUGCUGGUGGGGCUGAUAGAAAUAGUUUGUUGCUCCAACAUUUGGUUGUUCAUUUAAAGAGUUUGAAAAAAAAAGGGAUCAUAAAGAAUAUACCCCUGGUCCCCUUCUCCUGAGCUUGGACCACGUCACCUUGACAACGCGACGUGUAUGAGAGUGAUGAAACCUGAAUGGUUGCGCGUCAGGGGGAGCGGGGGAGCAAUGUUCAGUUUUUAGCCAAUAUUUGGCAUCAUGUAGCGGUGAUCAAUAUUCAAGGGAUCAGAAAGGGAAAUACGUUUUAACAACCUUCGCCCCUUGGGAACCUCUUACAGUUAUCUGUGACAUCUGUGCAGAUGUAAAAAAAAAACAACAACCUGAAAACAGGAACGAUGAACUACACACUCACGCUUUGUAAACCUUCAUCUUAAAAAAAAAAGAAAGUCUGUGGUUUUGGACUGCAGAUGUCAUGACAUACCUGAACGGACCUUCGUUGAAGGUUCACUGUAUAUUUCUGACUGGUGUACUGUAUGUAAAGCCUGAAUAAAACCUUGAAUGUUACAAUCGA